AUGCCCUUCCUACGCGGGGCUCGUCCAUCUCAAGCCGGGCAGGCGUCUGGCCGUCACACUGGCCACCCGGCACACGUGAUGACCCUCAUCGAAGUGCACGUCAUUCCUCAGGCCGUGGUUCAUCCCCAGGCUCCUGCGCGCUCUGCAACCCUGUUCCUGUUCGCAGGUGCUGCGCUGACCUCAGCUUCAGCUGCUGCCUGCCGGAACGGCGUCUUUCAUGAUGGCACCGCCUCUUCCACUUACUUAUUUCUUUUUCACGGACGCGGCUCAAAUAGCCGCCGCACUCCAGCCUGCUGGGCCUUCCUCACUCUUCCCUACAGCAAAUGGGUCAAUGGUCCACGGCUUGGUCCUGCCUCAUCCUCUAUCAGACUAAACACUGACACUAUUCUGACUGCUCAGCGCUCCCUCUUCAAUCUGAGAUUGAGGAAAGAGGAACGCCCCAAGAUCACCUGGAGACGGACGGUGGAAGCCAAGAGAAGAGAACAGAACAUGGCAUGA